AUGACAUGGGAGGCAACCAAGUUGAGGAUAUGGGGAGGCAAUGACGUCGACGAUGUGGAGGGGCUUGUAGGAGUGUGCGUGAAAAUAAAGAAGACAGAUGUUGUUGAUGUUGUUGUUGAUGGUCAUUGCGGUUAUCGGUGCAUUGCUGCCUUGUUGGGUUUAGGUGAAGAGGCAUGGCCUACUAUCCGACAUAACCUUUAUGAGGAACUAACUCAGUGGCGUGAUGAAUACGCAAAUUUAGUAGGAAGCUAUGAUCGAUUGGAAGAACUACGUCAGUCAUUAAUUGUCCACGAUCGAUUACAGGUUAAUGCUAAGAAGUGGAUGACCAUACCGGACAUUGGUUAUGCCAUUGCAAAUAGGUACAAUGUCAUCUUAGUAUGUUUGUCCUAUGUUCAGAGUUUUACCAUAUUCCCACUUCGCACUCCACCACCUACUGAUAUUAGACAACAUCAAAUCUUAUGCAUUGGAUUUGUUAAUGGAUGUCAUUUCGUACAGGUUAAAUUACAAGAUGAUUGUCCGUUACCCAUGGCGGACAUCAUUUCCUCAAGCCAUUGUUACCCAGAGGCGCGAGCAUGGUCAAUAUUUUAUACACAUAGGAUGCAAUCAUUUAUGGCCUUAAUGGGAACUAAUAAAAGUUAUGUAGAUCUUGGAGAAGACUGA